AUGAAAUCAGUCACUCUUUCUUUCCUCCUAGGCCUCACCAGCCUCACCAACCUCGCCACAGCCCGCACUGACCUCGAAGGCUGCGUCUCCUCAGAAGUCAUAAUCGAAAAAUACUACGCCAGCUACCUCUGGUACGUCCCAGACAGCGGCGAAAUCUGCUCAUUCCUCGACUGCGGCGGCGGUCGCGCCCCCCCAAAAACAACCCAACCAGGAUGUCCCCAAUACUCCGGAACCGAAACCCUUACUCCCGACUACAUCGAGGGCUGGGGUCCCAGCGGCAAACAGGCUGCUUCUACAAGCACCGUGGCAUCGACUGCUUCGUCGACUGAUAUUGUCCUCGCUUCCGCCACUCAGACUUCCGACUCGUCGGACUCGUCUUCCACGUCUUCUUCAUCUUCUUCCGGCACCCAGGCUGCUGAUAGCAUGAUCACGGCUUCUCCUUCUGGUAGCGCGAUCGUGACUUCUUUGAAGGUCUCCACCUCGAACGGGGCUGGUAAUGCUAGUUCUACUUCUGCUGCCGCGACCAGCUCGUCCAGUUUCAAUGCUGCCGCUACCCCUGCCUCUAAUGUGGCUGGUGUCGCGGCUGUGAUGGCUGCUAUGGUCGGGGCUAUGGUGCUGUAA